UUCGGACGUUCGUCGAGUUGUACGUGCUCGGUUUGUUGAACUGCACAACCGCUGAACCGCUGAACUGCUGAACUGUGGCACCGUGUAGCGCACUCGGAAAUCGAAAAUCGGUACACAAAUCGGUCGAGUUCGCGGCUAAUGCAGGAAUCAAAACACUAAAACCGGCAACGUCAUGUAGUUCGUUGUGGUGCGUGUUGCCGACGAUAAAGCGCGAGAACAAGUAUCCCAGAGAUACCAAUAAUAAAUGUACACAUAUUUAUAAUAUAUAUCGAGCGAAUUUCACUCACGGUAGUCAUGGACAGUCGAAGUUAUAGAAUGCAAAACAUUUGUGGAAUUCUAAACAAUUUCCAUUGAGAACUGAUCCUUCUUCUACUUUUUAUUUUCAACGAGAUAAUCAUUUUAAAGUUGCAAGUGUGUGGGCUAGAGUGUGUGUGGGUGGUGUGCGGUAGGGAAAACACUAUUGCGAAAAUUCAGCUAUACUGGCCACCGAAUGGAUAAUGGGUAUUUGUUUAGACACAGAUGCCAGCGCGGCACAAGAUACCGGCGAACCAGGCAACGAUUGGAAUCUUACACGGAAUCGAAAUGGCCAAAAUGCUGGCGAUUUGGAGGCCGCUGCGGCGGCAGGACGAUUGGGUUCUACCAAUGUCGGCGCUAUCGAUAUGCAAAAUGCUGGAAAAAUCAAAUUCGAUCCGCCCAAAGUGCCAGUGAUAUUUGUUUUAGGCGGCCCCGGUAGUGGCAAGGUCACCCAUUGCGAUACCUUCAUGCAGGAGCGACGCGGUGUAACGCACAUCAAUAUGAUGGAUCUCCUCCAGCAAUAUGCAAUGGGCAAUGACAUGCAAGACUUUUCACAACUGUCGUCGAAAACAGUCACUGAGGUGCUGAUGUUGGAAAUGAAAAUGGCUCCAGCUGCCAAAGCAUACCUGAUAUCGGGAUAUCCACGCUCCAUGCGCGACGUUGUCGAGUAUUCUGAAAAGAUUCAAGUCGUGAAUGGCGUGAUUCUUAUAUCCUGGCGCCAAUCGGUUCUACAAAAGCAAAUCGAUUAUGGGGCCAAAUUAGGUCAUGUAGUACUCUCCUUAGCCAAAAUGGAAUUAGAAAAUUUCUUUAAAAAUGUGAUGCCAGUCGCCGAUUAUUUCGAUCAGAGCGACAUGUUGUUGGCCGUAAAUGGCGAACGUGCGCCCACAGAGGUAUACAAAGACUUUCGCACCGCCGUCCUCGAUAUACUGAGCACCCUCGAGAACCAAGAGGCCGUUAUGAAUGGAGUUACAGAAGACAACGACGUUACCAAUGCCUCGGAAACUGCGGGAACAGUUUUGGCCAGAGAUUUGGCGAUCGAACGGAUGGAUGGUGGGCCAAAUGGAGCCGUGACAGCUCUGAAAACGGGCACCACCAGUGCGGACGAUGACAGCGGUGUUGUGGUCACUCAGCAGCCAAAGUUGCGCCAGGCUGCUGGACCAGACGAAUCCGGAUCGGAUUUGCCACCUAUUAUAUGGGUGAUCGGCGGUCCGGGCAGCAACAAGGCCACACUCUGCCUCAAGGCUGUGGGACUAAAUCCUGGCUGGGCUCACAUCAGUGUCGGUCGUCUUUUGCGCAAUAUCACGGACUCUGCACCACGUGCCAAUACGGAAAGCUUCGCCGUCAAGGAAGCCUUGGCCGCUGGGGAUAUGGCCCCAGAAAAGUCGCUGAAUCAGCUGCUGGAAACCAAUCUGCGCCAGUUACGGGAUAGAACUGGAAUUAUCGUAGAUGGUUAUCCCAGAAACCUGCAGCAAGUCAAGUACUUUGAGAACAAGUAUAAACAACGACCGCCUAUUAUCCUGCUGGAUUGCUCAAAACUUCAGUUGGGCCGAGGACGUAUAGAUGAUACGGUUUCCUCCUUUCGCCGUCGCUUGGAACUCUUUCGUGAGCAAACUCUGCCCAUGCUCAAGAUUCUGGAUACCAGUAAUCGUUUGCAGAUUGUUGAUGGAGACACGGAUAGUCCAUCAGUGCAGCGCGAAUUCGAGCGUCUCAUCCGGAAUCACAUCCAGCGUUUGUUGAACAAAACCGAUGAUAUAGACGACUCAGCCAACUUGGGUAAUCAAAUGAUGCGGAACGAGCAAACGGAUGCCAUUCUACACGAUCUGGAGACCAAUGUGCCAGGCGCCGUGCCCACAAUUAGUCACCACGUGAGCAUGAUGAACGGUCAUCUGAAAAAUCGCGGAAGCGCCGUGGGGAGUGGAAAACCCCACGGUCAGAUGAUGAACGGACAUGUUCCCGGCAGACCCGGAACCGGACCCGUUGGCCAACCUGCACCCGUCGAUUUCCGGCACAUGCUGGAGGAGGCCGAGCGAUAUCCGGUCGACUCAUAUAUGUAGAUGUAGGCUUAAAGGAAUCCGUAGUGCAGACGGAUAUUCAAGUUUUAUAUAGUUUUCUAAUCAACCUAUACUAAGCGUACUGUUAAUGCUGAUUUGUUGAAUUAUCGAUAGUAGUUCGGGGGACCAAUGCGUAAGUUAGUCCGUCUAGAUUAAGAGUUAGAAGAAUUCAAUUCAAUACUUUAUUUCACUAGACGAGUACCGAUUUAGAAUAAGAGUGCGUUAGGGGUAGACUUUAGAAUGUACGAUUUUAAUAAAAUCACAAGAGUUGAAAGUUGCUCAAG